AUGGGACAACUUCCCAUUGAUGAUCAUGGGUUCCUUGAAUCAAAUCUCUCAAAAGCCUCAACUUUUGCUAAGCUCUCAAUUCCUCUAGCCUUCAUUACAUCUGCCCUGAUCCUCAUUCUGCCUUUAACGGCACUUGCUGCUCCUUCUCCUGCGCCUGCUUCUGCUAUUGAUCCUGCCGCUGCAAUUCCUAUCUCUGAUGCCGCCAAAAGCCGCAUCGCUGCUUUGAGUGAUGAUGAAAUCUUCACCAAACGCAAUACAGAAGUCUGCGAGAUUAUCAAUGUUUCUAGCUACGUGUACUGCCGCUCUGGACCGGGCACUGGCUAUUCUGCCGAAUAUGAACUUUAUGGUGGAUACACAUGGGGCUUCACAUGCUAUGAAGAAGGGACGUGUGUUGAUGGCAACUGCACCUGGGACUGGAACGCAGAUUUGGGCUGCUUUGUGAGUGGCUAUUACACUUCAGCUGGAUGUUCUAAGGCCAACCUCGGGCUUUGCUAA